UUAAUCAACACGCAUAGAUUAUAAUAAUCGAACGGGUCGCCUCGGUUUAGUUUAGUGGCUUACGUCCUGCGGCACUUCCCUGGGUGCAUUAGCGAAAGCAAGUCGCGUUAACUUGACGAUAAAUUAUAAAUAAAUAAUGAAAUCGGUGACGUGUUUGUUAGUGUUUGGCGCCGCCCUGUUCGGGGCCGUGUCCUGUGCAUCGAUCGCCUCGAAUCUGAUCGAAGGCACCCCACGGAUCGCCACCAGUGAGCAGCUGCUGUCGUCCAUCGUGAACGAGUGCUUCGAGGAUGGCUCGGUGAUGAACUGCCUGAAGGGCAAGGUGUUGAUCUAUCUGGACGGAGUGUUGGGACUGCGCGAGGAACAGGCUCGUGCCUUCGAGGAACAGAACGUCGACAAGGUCAUCUUCGACCGGGUGGCACGAGUGCUGGCCACGCACGAGUUUAAGCUGCAACUGCCAGAGGAUACUGUCGUGAGCUACCGGGCCGAUAAGGGGAUGGACUUCAAUGUGCCAGCAGGACUUGCCACCGAGUCCCGUGGUCAUUUACUGAAGAAGAAACUCCUGCUUCCAGUGUUGCUGCUGCUGAAGCUGAAAAUGAAGGCCCUGAUGCCGAUCUUCGUCGCCCUGAUCGGUCUGAAGGCGAUGAAAGCGCUGCUCCUGUCCAAGCUUGCCAUCGCCAUGGUGCUCGGAUUUCUGGCCGCCCAGCUACUCAAGAAAUCCGGCCUCGGAAUGCCGAUGUCGAUGAUGCCAAUGAUGCCACCGGUUGCAGAAUACGGUGCACCUGCUCCGGCCUCUACCGAACCCCCAUCCAGCUACAACCCAUCCGCUUGGGAGCCCCAAACUGGUGGACCGUACUCUCGCGUCUGGGAGCCAUCGACCUCCUCCUCGUCGCAUAAUCUGGCCUACAACUCGUACUAUCCAAGCUCCAGCGGAUCCAGCAGCUCCGGCUCGUACAGCUCGACGGCCUACAAUGCGGGAACGUCUUCCGGCUCGUCACCCUCCUCUUCGGCAUCAUCAUCAUCCUCUUUGAGUUCGGCCCACGCUUACUAGAGAGUGGUUUCAAAAAUACCAAAAACAAACCCACGUUCAAACCCGAACAAAACAAAUGUACAGCCAAAAAAUUUGAAGGAGUAAAAAUAUCAAAGAUUAUCGACGGUGAUAACACUUUAAACCUGGCCAACGGUUAACCUUCUUGAUUGGGUACGUCAAUCAAACCAAGGGAUGACCGGUCACUA